GGCCCCGCUCUUCUCGCGAGAGGCGCGGCUGCGGGACGGACGGUAGGGCGACGCGGAAGUGGCGGACCGCUGCGGAGGCGGAGGCGGGCGGGCGCCGUUAACCGCCUCGCGGGGCUUCCCGCACCCUCCUUCCCGGCGGCCGCUCAGCCUCGGCCCGUCCGCGAUCCUGACCGGCCCGGCCCUGGGAGGCGGCGGCGGCCGGGGCCCGAGCUGGGCCCGCGGGGCGCCGCGGUUUGCCCUUGAGAGGCUCCCUUCCAGCAGCGGCCCCGCGGGACCCUCAGGCGGCAGCCCCUCGGCGCAGGCUGAGCGGCGGCGCAGGCCGCGAGGUUGCUACUCGGCGCGUCGGUGGCGGCGCCGGAUUCGGGGCGCGGAGCCUCCGGCGCGGGGUCCUGGUGGCUGCUCGGCGCGCGGCCGGGCCGAGGAGGGGGGCGCUGCCCAUGAGUCCCCCGCCCUUCCGUCCCGCCCGGCGCUGAAGGAGCGGCCCGGCCCGGCCCAUGGCGGGAUUCGGCAGCAACCGGCGGGGCGGUCGCCUCCCCUCAUUCCUCUUCGCGGCGCUGCUGCUGAUCAUCGCGGCGCUGGCCUUCAACGCCUGGAGCUCGUCGACCCGCCAGAGGGCCCUGCGGGAGGAGGCGGCCGAGCUGCAGGGCCAGGCCAAGCGCGGCGAUGUGGCCCGGAGCCGCCUGGAGAAGAGGAACUCGGAGCUGCUGCUGCAGGUGGAGUCGCACAAGAAGGCCCUGGAGCAGAAGGAGGCCGAGCGCAGCCGGCUGAGCAGCCAGCUCCAGGCCAGGGACGGCCAGGUCCGCACGUGCGAGGAGGGCAAGGUCAAACUUCAGAGCAACAUAUCAUACCAGAUGGCAGACAUACGACGCUUAAAGGAACAACUUGCAGAAUUGCGUCAAGAAUUCCUACAACAAGAGGACUAUCUUCAUGAAUACAAGAAAAACAAUACACAACUUCUUAAAAGAUUGGAGUAUGAAAGUUUUCAAUGCGGGCAGCAAAUCAAAGAACUAAGAAUACAACAUGAAGAAGAUAUGAAAAAAUUGGAGGACCAAGUUUUGCAGGACCAGAAGGCCACACACAGGAGCCAAUUCACCAAAGACAUUGAGAGAGGAUUGAGUGAGAGUCCAAAAACAGUAAAGGCAACUCAAAAACUGAACGAAGUUAAGAAUGAAGCACCAUCAACCAACAAUAUAUCAGAUGGCAAAGAAAAGAUUAAACCUGGAGAUGAUGCAGGCAUGCCUGGAAUAGAAGAGAAUGACCCUGCCAAAGGUGAAGAUACACUCACUGCUUUGAAGAAGCCACUUUUUUCAACUUCUCAAAAUCAGCAUCAGCCUGGUGGAAAAGUUUUCACGGAAAAAACCCGUACUCUAAAUCUGGUUCCAGCUGCAAUACUGGAGGGUAAUACUGACAUGGUAAACCAGGUACCAGCAAACUAUCUUCAGCGUGCAAUUUCUGAACACACAUUGGACAUUCAAAAAACCAAAAAACAGCUUGCAAAACAGGCUUCCAAGGAGAGAGUCAACAACUUUCAGAGAAUGAAGCAAAGCCGGUUCUUUGAUGAGAAUGAGUCCCCCGUUAAUCCUCAGCAUGGAUCUAAACUGGCGGAUUAUAAUGGGGAUGAUGGGAACGUGGGUGAGUAUGAGGCAGACAAGCAGGCUGAGCUGGCCUACAAUGAGGAAGAGGAUGGUGAUGGUGGUGAAGAAGACGUCCAAGAUGAUGAGGAGCGGGACCUCCAAAUGGACCUGGUGGACUAUGGGAAACCACGUUUUAAUGAUGUCCUUUAAAGCCUCAAUGACUUUCUUCUGAGAGAUUCUGCAAGUCUUCAGUGUUUGGGGCAAAAGAAUCGGGAGACCAGAGGCAGUGUGCUGUCCGACGUGAAACCUUGGAAGCAAAAGGUAAAAUGUAGUGAUGUGCGUCUAGUGGGUUCCAGCUCUUUGCAAAUAAAAGAGAUGCUUUGUCCUACAUGAUGAGGAGUGGGUUAGUUACCGGACUGGGCUGUAAGACUGUUCUUUAUCUGUAAUCUUUGUGUUAAACAUUAACAUUGCAAAAUAAUUUUACAUGUUUCUGAAAUAAAGUGAAUGUGUACAGUUUGUAUCUCAUACAUAGUCAUGACUUCAUUGCAGAAAAAAUAUAUAUAGAUGGAACAUUGAAACAGCAAUGUAUUUAAUUCAUGCAGGCAAAUUGUUUUCUCUCGUCUUGUGACUUGUAUUUUAUGGUAACAUUUCAUUUUGAAAAAAAUAAGACUGAAAAUAGAUUGUAUGUGUGUAUGAAAGAACUUUGUUUAACACAACUCUGCAAGGUCUAUGUGGUAGUGAAAUCAUACAGGAAGUUAGCCCUAGGAGAAUGACUAACGUUACCCAUAGCAAAUGCUUUGCAAAAGUAUUCUCAUUUUAUAUAUUUUUAUUAGGCUCUGAAUUGACAAAUCAUAUUUUGAGCAUUGAAAAGCUAUAUUCGUUAACACGUGUUUUUCUUUACAGCAGUGGCCUUUGAUUGUAUGCAGUGAUAGAUUUAAGUUAUUUAAACUUGCUUAAAACUGAAAUCUUGGAUUUUUUAAAUUCAUUCUCCCUAAACCCGUUGUGUCCAGCUCCUGAGUGAUGCUGUUCUUUUUAACGAAAGUACGACUGGAGGGGUCCUGCAUGAAAAUGGAAAAGGGGUCCCCAAUCACGCAUGUUCAGCGAAGGGCAUCGUCUGUUCCCCGGGGGGGGGGGAGGGCGGGGCCAGAUGGAGCAAGCACUUUGGGAUGUUCACAGCAACAGUGACAGGCUGUUAAAUGUUAACCCUGAUGAUUUUAUCAACAAGGGCUACUGUGAAUAAAAUGUUCAAGUCCUGUAUGUCAGGGUUGAUGGUCUCUCACUACAGAUCGUUCUUGCUGAAGGACAGCAAUUGGGAGUAGAAAUUCUGAAUGCCGUCACUAAGCAAUAUAGUCAUAAAGCACAAUGUCACAUGAAUGUGCUACUUAGUAUGGCAGUUUCAAUAUUUUUAGUUGCCAUUGUUAAAUAAAUUCUGGUGUUGCUAAUUGCAAUUCCCAUGGCUGCUGUUUGUAACUGCCUUGACUUUGAUUGCUGGAAGCCAACAGUGAAACUCACAGAUAGCAACUGUGGAACCGUAGGAUGUUGCAACAUUAUAGUUGAUUGCUGAGCACCCAGAUGGAGAUCCCAUAACUGCAGGUAUGCUUUGUAAGUAAAAGGACCAAUUAGAAGCACCACUUGGUUCAGUGCUGUUGUAAGUUGACUUACUGAAUGAGUGGUCAUUAAGCAAGAGCCACCUGUAUUUCUGGGCUCAGGUUAAAGUUCAUUUUUGAUGAAUAAAAUCCAUUUGUGAUCACUGCAUUAUACUAAAUUGCAUUAGAAAAGUAUUCAUUUUUGACUAUUAAAAUAGAAGUCUCUGCCUGGGAUUAUUUUGAGCCAUCAGACAAAAGCAGGGUCCCUCAAGGGGAAUUGUUCUGCUUGCAAUUUUUUUUCCUAUGCUAUAAAAAAUUGCUGGGUUUGCACACAAAUAUUAGGCUGAAUCUGCAGCCCUGUCCUGUUCUUCAGCGCCCCCCCCCCGUCUGUCUUUAUGUUGCAACUGAUGAAAUGACAAAACUAUUUCCAAAGCUAGGUGUAAUUUUGUUAAGAAUCUGCUGUUGAACAUUUAAUAGGGUUUAAUAAAAGCUUCAUAUAGCUUG